UACAGGGGCACCAAAGUAAAACAAAAAAUUCCUUAGCAUUUUCAUUUUCAAUCUCUCUCUGUCUCUCUCUGUGAGCUUUGAAGCUCAGCGCAACAAAAAUGGCGUUCUUGCUUAACAAAACCUCCAUCGCUUCGCAUUUCCGAUCUCACUCCCAGAACACAGUGGACGCGCUCUCUCACACGCGCCGCGCUUACCACAUCGAACUCGGGGCUCGCGAGAAAGCCCUCUUGGCAGAGGACCCGGCUUUGAAGCGAUUCAAAUCCCAUAAGAAGAGUGUUAAUGCAGUUAAAAGAAUGGGAGAUGUUCUCACUAUUGUCGUUGUCGCAGGUUGCUGCUAUGAAAUAUAUGUUAAAGCAGUAAUGCGAGAAGAAGCUCGUAAAAAAGCAGGGGCUGCAGGUGGAAGUGCAUAAUGAAGUGUGAUAACUCCAGGACUUCUUUACCAAGAAAAAAGUAAAAAAAAGAAAAGAGAAGAAUAAGAGAGGGAGGGGGGGGGGCGGGCGCGGAGGGGGGGAGGUUGGUGAGUUGGGGAGGGAAUGUAAGAUUGUGUUAGACUUAUUGUCAUUGCCUAUGUUUUUUCUUUUCUUUUUUUUUUGGUCUGGGUUAAAUAAGCAGUGAAAACAUUCUAUCAAAUGUUUGAACCCAACCUUCUGCUCUUUUGGUCU